CGUUACUUAUAAAUCCCAACCUCGUCCCCUGCAAUUCGAACACGAGCUCGUUAGAUUCUGCUCUCUCAAAACUCCAACAGUCUUAUCUCACUCUCAUUUAAGGAAUCAAUUAGUUCGGAAUAAUUUUGGAGGCUUCUACCGAUGGAGUACUUGGGCAGCGAUUCGAGAUCGCCAUCGACAUCGGCGGAGUACGAGUACGCGACGGUGUCGUCGGCGCCGCCGAAGCGGCCGGCGGGGCGCACCAAGUUCCGGGAGACGCGGCAUCCCGUGUACAAGGGAGUGCGGCGGCGGGGAUCCGCCGGACGGUGGGUGUGCGAGGUCCGCGAGCCGAACAAGAAGUCGCGGAUUUGGCUGGGGACGUUCCCCACCGCCGAGAUGGCGGCGCGGGCACACGAUGUCGCCGCUAUCGCGCUUCGCGGCCGAUCGGCCUGCCUCAAUUUUGCGGACUCUGCCUCGCUGCUUCCGGCGCUUCCCCGGUUCUCCAGCACCAAGGAUAUCCAGCGGGCGGCCGUCGAAGCCGCCGAGGCGUUCCGGCCAUCGCCGGAGCGGGGCAACGUUAGUACUUCCGGCACCGCUGCAGCACAGAUGGAGAGCUCAUCGGAGGGGGCGGCGACGCCCGUGCAACCGUCGGAGGGGACUAUAGGCGGCGGCGACAGCGACCAUGGAGUCGAUGUCAUGUUUUAUGACGACAUGGGAUUGGGGAUGCACGGUUUCUACUAUACGAGUAUGGGGGAGACGUUGCUGGAGGAGCCGCCUCCGGCGGUGGCGGCCGGAGGAUGGGAGAAUAGUAAUUGGGCUGAGGCGGAGACUGGUGCUGACGUGUCGCUGUGGAGCUACUCCAUUUAAUGAUAUGAUAUGGCGCUUCAUGUGCAUUAGCUUCGUACUUGGGGUAGGAAGGAUUGAAAUGGUACCUAAAUUUUUUUUCUCAUGGUACAAGGAACGGGGAUUUGGGAUCGCUGGUUGUUUGCUUGAGGGAAAUAAGUUGGUUAGCAGCAUUCAGGCUAUUCAGUCGUAAGGCUGCAACCUGAUUAUUUGAUUGAUUCAUCAUAAUGGCGGUCAUUCUUUAUUGAUAGAUAAUUGUUUGGGAAGACCCUUAAAGGUUUUUCUUUCUUUUUUUUAUUUUUCUGAGAUUUGUGGUUGUUUGAUAUGUCCCAAAAGCUGAGAUGUGAAAAUCUGAAAAGGGGGUUUGCCCUAUGAAAUGAACCUCUUUUCACCGAA